AUGUUGUCACCCCGUGCCAUAUCCCUCUUCGUUAUGAUGGUAGUGUCCUACGAGGAGGCCUCCACGUGCUAUCACAACUUCUUCACCUUUGCUCGCCAGAGGUUCGCAGAUAACCCCUGCCUGGGCACUCGAACCGGUGAUGGAUUCUCCUGGGAGAGCUACGAGCUCACGGCACGCCGAGCCUCCGACUUUGGUGCGGGGCUGGUGUACCUGGGGCUGAAGCCCGGCGACAGGUUCGGCAUCUAUAGCGUGAACAACGCGGAGUGGGUGCUGGCGGAGCUGGGAGGGUACUGCUACGGACUUGUCAACGUGUCACUUUACGCCACACUGGGGCAGGAGGCGGUGAACCACGUGGUGAAUCACUCCGAGAUGGUGGCUGUGGUGUGCAGCGUGGAGACCCUCUCAUCUCUCUACAAGGCGCUGCCAUCAGCCCCGGCAGUGAAGACAGUGAUAUACAUGCAGGGGGGCGGGCAGGCACCCAGCGACGCGGACAGGCAGGCAGCAGAGGAUGCGGGCGUGAAGCUGAUUCCGUUCUCGCAGGUGGAGGAGUGGGGCGCGCAGAACCCCCAGGAGCACACCCCCCCCAAGCCUGAAGACCUGGCUGUGCUCAUGUACACGUCUGGCACCACUGUGAGUGGCAAUGGCACCACUGUGAGUGGCAAUGGCACCACUGUGAGUGGCAAUGGCACCACUGUGAGUGGCGAUGGCACCACUGUGAGUGGCAAUGGCACCACUGUGGUGAGAGGCAUGUUCUUCAUAGCCAUCCCCUUCAUAGCUGCGCCCUCCCAGGAGCGAGGGAGAGCAAAGGAGUAUGUCCUGGAUGAGCUGGUGAAGCGCGCCAAGGCAACGAGCAUGAAGGGCUUUGAGGUGGUGCGGGGCGUGACCCUGGAGGCCGAGGCCUUCACCACGGACAACGACCUCAUGACGCCCUCCUUCAAGCUCAAGCGCCCCAAGCUCAAGUCCUUCACCACGGACAACGACCUCAUGACUCCCUCCUUCAAGCUCAAGCGCCCCAAGCUCAAGGUGGGUGCGAGUUGGGCACUGAGGUUAGUGCUGCCCUUUGAGACGCGGAGCUGCUGGGUCAAGGGGAUGCAUGGCUCAAAGGUGGCCUUCUCCACUGAGAACGACCUCAUAACUCCUCCCUUCAACCUCAAGCGCCCCAAGCUCAAGGUGGGUGCUGCUGAGAUGUAG